GUUCCGUGUUUGGUUCUCCGUCAUCUUUUCGUUCCCCGACGCUAUCUUUCAAUCGAGACCCCACUCCACAUUGUCGACGCCAUGUUGUACGAACUGAUUGCAGUUGUCCGUCCCGGCAGCCUCCAGGAGGUUCGCGAUAUCGCCCGUAAUGCCGGCAUCCAAGUCCUCCGCUCCGGCGGCGUAGUCCGCGGAUACACCAACUGGGGCACCUUCCGUCUGCCCAGAACCACGACGAAGCAUCAGGCCCGGUACAAGGAAGGCCACCACUUCAUCAUGCGCUUCGAUGCCUCCGGUCCCGUGCAGGCGGCAGUUCGCAGAACCCUCGGUCUCGAUCCCCGGAUGGUCCGGUUCUCCGUUGUGAAGCUCGGCGACAAGCUGGAGGAGAUCAAGGACGUGAGCGGCAAGGUCGAGUGGACCAACGCCCGUACCAUCACCGAAUCCAUCUAGGUGUGUUUCGAGGGUGAUUUUGAUCGCUGAGAUGCGAUUGUUCGUUCGGGGUACGAAAGCGGAUUCGAAUCGUCAAUGUAUUAUUCAUGGGAUGGGUUUUAUUUGUAUAUCAUAUCAGCAUUAUCGGCGCAUAUACCUUACUUGGCAGAUUUGGUCAAUAAAGAUGGUGAUUAGUUUUUCUG